GCCCAGUUGAAAACCGAAACACAGGCAGCACCAUUGUGCCGUCGCCGGUAAACGUGUGUUUGUGUCUGUGUUUAUUAAUGUUUGGUAAUGCUUUCUUCGUAACCGCUGAAGUACUAAGUGUCUGAAAACAUGAAGACUGUUUUGAUGGUGGCAGAGAAGCCCUCGCUGGCGCAGUCUCUGGCGCACAUUCUUUCUAAUGGGAACAUGAAAAGUAGGAAAGGCCUAAGUAAUGCUUGUUCCGUGCACGAAUACAUGGGGAGGUUUCAAAACGAACCGGCCCGCUUUAAAAUGACAUCUGUGUGUGGUCAUGUAAUGACAACAGAUUUCAUCGGCAAGUAUAAUAGCUGGGACAAGGUAGACCCGGCCGAAUUAUUUAAUGCGCCAACUGAAAAGAAAGAGUCCAAUCCAAAACUUCAACUGCCUCGCUUCCUGGAGAAAGAAGCCCAAGGCUGUGAUUACCUUGUGCUGUGGCUGGAUUGUGACAAAGAAGGUGAAAAUAUCUGCUUUGAAGUAAUCAACAUAGUCAAAGGUGCUCUCAGGAGGCCCCCUACACCUGGACAAAGAAUAAUAUUCCGAGCAAAAUUCAGUGCCAUCACUGAUGUUGAAAUAAAGGGUGCCAUGGCUCGACUGAUAGACCCAAACGAGAACGAAGCCCGAUCUGUGGAUGCACGCCAGGAAUUGGAUUUGAGAAUUGGAUGUGCUUUCACACGCUUCCAGACGAAGUACUUCCAGGGCAAGUAUGGUAACCUGGACAGCUCUCUGAUCUCUUUUGGUCCAUGCCAAACACCUACUCUGGGCUUCUGUGUGGAUCGCCAUGACCGCAUUCAGUCUUUCAAGCCUGAGCCCUACUGGGUACUGCAGGCACAGGUACAGCUUGGAGAGCGUACCUUCACCCUACAAUGGGACAGGGGACGUGUGUUUGACAGAGAAGUAGCGCAAGUGUUUUUGACAAGGAUCAACGGCAUCAAUGAUGCAAGGGUGGUUAGCGUAGUACAGAAGGAGAAGACCAAGGCACGCCCUCUGGCCUUGAAUACAGUGGAGCUCAUGCGGGCAGCCAGUUCUGGUCUUGGAAUGGGACCACAUCAUGCUAUGCAGGUUGCAGAACGCCUGUACACUCAAGGAUAUAUUAGUUAUCCUCGUACUGAGACAACCAGCUAUCCAGACAGCUUUGACCUCAGGGGCACUUUGAAGUUGCUUCAACGAGUUCCAGACUUGUCUUCUGAUGUGGGAGACCUGCUGUCACGUGGAACUACACACCCCAAAAAAGGGCACGAUGCAGGGGACCACCCGCCUAUAACUCCUACUAGAGAUGCUAGCCGGUCAGACAUGGACGCAGAUUCAUGGAAGGUUUACGAUUACAUCGCCAGGCAUUUUGUAGCCACUGUGAGUGAAGACCUCAAGUACAUGCAAACGACGGCACAGUUCCAAGUGGGUGAUGAAGGGUUUACUUUAACGGGGAAAAGCGUAGUGGCUCCAGGCUUCUCUCGCUUCAUGCCUUGGCAGGGCAUUGGUGCAGAAGAAGCUCUGCCACCCAUUACCAGUGGUACGGCCUAUCCACUGCAGCAGAUGAAGCUUGCUGAGCACAAGACGAGCCCUCCAGACUAUCUAACAGAGUCUGAGCUGAUCUCGUUGAUGGACAAGCAUGGGAUUGGCACAGACGCUUCAAUUCCAGUUCACAUAAACAAUGUCUGUCAGAGAAAUUAUGUCACUGUAGGCAGCGGACGUCGCCUCAUACCGACGAAUCUUGGGAUAGUUCUAGUGCAUGGCUACAGGAAGAUCGACCCCGACUUGAUCAUGCCAACGAUGCGCGCUGCUGUUGAACAGCAGCUCGGAUUAAUAGCACAAGGACAGGUAGACUUUGAUGCGGUGCUUGGCCAUACCUUAGCGGUUUUCAGGCUCAAGUUCUGCUACUUUGUCACCAGCAUACAACAGAUGGAUGACCUUUUUGAAGUUACCUUCACACCCCUCUCCGAGAGUGGGAAGCCUCUGUCCAGGUGUGGGAAGUGCCGCAGGUACUUGAAGCUGGUAGCUAGUAAGCCAAGCCGUCUGCACUGUGGCCAGUGCAACGAGACACAUGCCAUUCCACAAACAGGGAAUGUGCGCUCAUUCCGUGAGAUCCGUUGUCCACUGGACGACUUUGAGCUGCUCCAGUGGAAUGGAGGGGCAAAAGGCAAAAGUUACAUUUUCUGUCCAUAUUGCUACAACCAUCCCCCCUUCAGAGAAAUGGGUAGAGGCUCUGGAUGCAAUUCCUGUGCUCACCCCACAUGUCCGCAGUCCAUGCUGGCGCUGGGAGUAUGUGCCUGUCCUGGCUGCCCCACUGGAGUUCUGGUUCUGGACCCUGCCUCAUCUCCACGCUGGAAAGUUGCGUGCAAUAGGUGCGACGUUAUCAUACAGCUGUGUGAAGAUGCUAGAAAAAUAUCUGUUGAAGAUGAACAGUGUGACGAGUGUGGGAGUCAAAUGGUCAGCGUAGAAUACAAGCUCGAGAAAACUAAACUGCCUGGUGCUCAGACAGAGGCCACUGGUUGCAUUUUCUGUGACCCAUCUCUGUCACCGCUGGUGGAGAGGCACCAAGCCCUGCGGCCAAGGCACAAUGGCCCACGCCGAGGUGGUGGAGGACGUGGAGCAGGACGACGAGGCCGUGGACGGCCAAAACCAAAGGACAAAAUGGCUCAGCUGGCAGCAUACUUUGUUUGAUGUAUCGUGGUGCACGGCGAGUAGCCUGCACAGGGGUGAUGUGCAAACUGACAGGAUCUACAUGAUCAAACUACAAAGUGUUGAUUGUGACUGUACUCUUGGGUGUCGUGUCUGGUGUAUAGCAUUUAGGUGUCUUUCUUUCACUACACAGUGAGCUACUAGGAGAGACAUUACUGAGCCUCUGGUGAGCUUAUUAUUGUCAUCGUCAAUAUGUUUUAUAAACCCGUAUAAUGUUAGAGAUGCCACAGUUGCAACUAAAUUUCAUUUUGAAGCACUCGACAUUUUAAUUUAAAACAGUGAGAAAACAUGCAGUGUGGUGUCAGAAAUCGUAUUUUUCUUCUUUAAUAUUUUCUGUAUGUCAGCUCUGCUAUCAGAUCUGUCUCUAUAAACCCAAAGAUCUCUUCUAUGUUACAUUCAUGUGCAGCAAAGCUAAGGAUGCAGACAGGGCAAUAUAUCCUCUCUUCCAUAAAAAUAUUUGACUGAUAGGUCCA